AUGCGCAGGAUCUUCGAUCGCUUAGCCAGCGGAAUCUCACAAACAGAGCCAGCUACAAAAACCUUCUUUCAGUGCCUCUUAAAGGCUUGCAACAGCUACAUGAUUGUCCUCCUUUUGGUGUCCAUGGUGUUGUCACUCUGGUAUUGGAUCAAAACGGAAGGCCUAGAGACUGGUUGGUAUGAAGGGUUCAUUAUUCUUGUUGCCAUCAUCAUACUUGUUGUGUGUCAUUCAAUUCGUGAUUUCUGGCAUGAAGGCCAACACAAGUUGUCAGAAAAAGAGCUCUUAAAAAUGACUGAAACAGUGGUCCAAGUUUUCAGAGGGGGAUGCCAGCAGGAGCUUUCCAUCUCUGACAUAGUGAUGGGUGACAUAGUAGUUUUGAAAAGGGGAUAUCAGGUUCCUGCUGAUGGUUUGUAUGUAUCAGGUGAAGUCUUAGAACUGGAUGAUCAUUCAGAGUCCAUCAUUAAUGGCCAAAACCCAUUUAUGUUGUAUGGAGCAAAAGUGAUUCGCGGGAAUGGUCGAAUGCUAGUCACAUCAGCUGGCAUGAACACAGAGUGGGGUAAGAUGAUGAGUAAAGUAAUCCAAGCUCCUAAGAAGACACCUUUACAAGCUCAGCUCGACAAGCUGAACACUAGGACAGAAAUCAUUGGGCUUCUCACCAGUCUUCUCAUUCUUGUAGAGCUGCUCCUGCGCCUUCAACUUGAAAAGGAAGAUGAUAGUCCAGGGUUCCCAUCUAUGAAGGGAAAACCAUCCACAGCCAAGGACUUGAUGGAUGCGGUCAAGAGGAUUGUUUUGCAACCAACUAGGAAGAUAAGUAUCUUCACAACUUCACUCCAUAUGUUGCUAGUGGGAAUAACAGAAGGAUAUCCUUUUAUUAUUACCCUUUCACUCAGAUAUUGGAAUAAGAAAACACUAUCCGGAAAAGCCUUUGCGCCAGAAUUAUUGGCUCGUGCAACCAUGGGAUCAGUAACCACCAUCUGCACUGACAAAAUUGGUGGGCUAACAUUGAGCCCAAUACAAGUGAAAAUGUGCAGGAUUGGUGAAGAAGACAUCAACGGCGACUCUGUCAUAGACCCAGAUGUAGUUGAUGCUCUGUGUGAUGGUAUCUACACACCAGUUCUGGACCCAAAGAAUGCUUACAGCUCAGAAGAGGAAGGGGUCCUUUCAUGGGCUGCAUUGAAGUUAGGCAUGAGACAAGAAAUUUUAAAGCAGAGUUGCACCCUUGUUGAAACCAAAGAACUGAACUCCAAUGAGGAAAGAAGUCUAGUGUUAAUGAGGAAGAACAGAGAGAAUGAAACAGUUACAUGUUUGCACUGGAAAGGACCAGCAACAACUAUACUGGCCCGGUGUUCAUUCUACUAUGACAGUAAAGGGAGGAUAAAUGACAUGGGAAGAGAGAAAAGGAUGGAUUUUGAAAAAUUUAUUGAGCAGAUGCAGUCCAAACAUCUCAAAACCAUUGCAUUUGCCUAUAAGAAAAUUAAUGAAUCAAGUGAAGAAAACAGCUUUAUCUUGAUAGGACUAUUGGGUCUGAGGGACACAGAUUGGACAGAGACAAAAAAAGCUGUGGAAGCUUGUAGAAAUGCUGGGGUUAACAUCAAGAUGGUCUCAAGUGGCAAUAUUUCAGAGCUGCUAGACAUAGCAAUUCAGUGUGGUAUGUUUGACCCCAAUUCUCUGGUUCUUGAUGGUAAUGAAUUUCAGAACUACACCGAUAAAGAGAGGAUGGAUAGGGUAGAUCGAAUCUCCAUCAUGGGAAACGCCCGUCCCUCUGACAAGAGUCUUUUAGUGGAGUGUUUGAAGCAAAAGGGCCACACGGUAGCUGUCAUUGGAGCCAGGAGAGAUGAGGCUCCGGCCAUAAAACAUUCUGAUGUAGGGGUGACAAUGGGGACUUGGAGCACCAAAAUGGCCAAAGGGAAUUCUGAUAUCGUCAUCUUGGAUGGCAAUUUUAGUGUCCUGGAGACCAUCAUGAGGCACGGAAGGUGUGCAUAUGAAAACGUCCAGAAGUACAUCCAGCAUGAGCUCACCAUGGUCAUCGCAGCGUUACUGAUAACCUCCAUCAGCACGGGCCUUUUGGGGGAUGCCCCAGUGACUGCAAUUCAACUCGCCUUCGGGAGUGUGAUUGUGGGCAUCCCGGGGGGAUUGGCUCUGUUGACAGAGCCACCAGCGGAGAAACUAAUAGGCAAGCAACCAGUAGGACAAGGUGGAAAGCUGAUAACCUGGGCCAUGUGGAGAAACAUAAUCACUCAAGCCUCAUACCAGGUUGCCAUUUUAGUGACAAUCCAAUUCAAGGGGAAGGCCAUCCUAGGCAUCAGACCCAAGGUCAAUAAAUCCUUGGUGUUCAACAGUUUUGUUAUCUGCCAGGUGUUCAAUCUAUUCAAUUGCAGAAAGCUGGAGAAGAAGAACAUGUUCCAGGGCAUCAAGAAGAACCUCUGGUUUUGGGUGGCUGUGGUAGUUAUUAUGGGGUUGCAGGCAGCCUUCAUUGAGAUAGAGCAUUGGGUUGGGGGCAGUGCGAGGCUGAAUUGUGCACAAUGGGGCACAUGCCUCCUCAUUGGAAUGGUUUCAUGGGUCAUAGAUUGUAUCGGGAAAUUCGCUUCUGAUCUCAUCACACUUUGUAUUGGAUCCAUUUCACGCUAAACAUGGGCGUGAGAGAGAGUCUUCACAGAGCCUCCCGAGACACAACCAAGAACGAUUGUUGAAGAAAAAGAAGGUCAAGUGCAGAUGUACAGAGGAAGUCAAGCUUUUCGACUCCUUUAUAUUCCACGCGUGGAAUCAUAC